CUUCAAGUCGUUCUGCGAGAUACGCCGCGGAGGUUCACAACAGCUUACUGCCCUAGAAAUGUGAAAAUAACAUCCUCUCAUUUCCCACUCAAUCCGCAACCAGCUUUUCUAUUUUUAAUAUUUAGAUCCUACGACCGCGGUUAACGUUACGGCAAUCAUACCAACCCCCAUUCCCCUGUAUUUAAAAGGCCAACAUAGCAUUCGCAACCUAGGCCUCAUCGAGCACCCAAGCUCAAAGGUCAAUUGUUUAGCCUCAUCCUGUCCUUUAAUAUCCGUUCGCAACAAAGGUAUACCAUUCCAACAGCCCGGUACCCAUAGUAUGCAAUCUCAUACUUUCGUACCCUUGUUUCCUGGUCAAGGCUCCUCCUCUGCUGCUCUAUCUUUGGCUCUGAACCAGGCUCUUCGUGACUCUCGUUCACCAUCUGCUCAGUUGCUUUUGGCUUCAUGUCACGAGGCUUUCCAUCUAGAGCUCUCCAAGCUAUCAGAAAAUGAGCUCAACCAAUCCUGCAUUUCCCUCCUCGAUUUCCAGGAAGCCACCUCACUUCUAUCACCUUCGAGUGUAUACCAGAACAAUCCUAUCAUUUCUAGCACUUCACUCUUCCUCGUCCAAGCUUUGAGAUACCUUGCCCACUGCUCAGCAGAACCUAACAGCCGUGGUCCUUUCCCUGACCACCGUCUCGGCGUCCUCGGCUACUCCUCUGGCAUCGUCACUGCAUGCGUGGUAGGAGCUUCCAACAGUGUACUCACAUUCGUGUCCAAUGCAGUAGAGGCAUUUCGCCUAGCAUUCUGGAUCGGCCUCCGAUCUAUCCAGCAUAAAACUAAAGAGCUUCAAUCGGCUCUAGUUUUUCCUGACACAACACUGCCUUGGACCGUCGUUUGUAUCGGUUUGAAUAGAUCUGAUGUACUGGGCUUCAUUUCCGAUUUUGAAACAAAGCACGACUGCAUUGCCUCCCUUCACCUGACGGCUAUUUUAGAUACCCAGCACGUCACUAUUUCGGGUCGCCCCGAUAUCCUACAGCGUUUCUCGUCAUCGAUUGCAAUUUCCAAGUCUUGCAUCAUUCAUCCGACAACUACAGACGCUUUAUACCAUGCACACACCCUCCGCAGUGUUCGCGCACAAGUCUUGGCUGAUGUCGGGAAUCAUUUGAUUCGCUUUCCUGAUUUUUCAGACCUGAAAUAUCCCGUCUUUUCGACCAUCUCCGGGAAGCCUGUGACGCAGGGCUCUGAGCACUCCUCUCUCGUUGACGCAGUCCUCGACAUGAUAAUCGCGUCUCCUGUGGACUGGAUGUCUGUGGUACAGGGGCUCGGUAGUGCAGCACCGUCCGACGCUCCUACACAAGUGUUAAACUUCGGCCCAAGCUCUGGUCUUCUCCGAAUGCUCGAGAAAUCGCUCUCAGCCGAUAAAAUUAUUUGUAGGGACGUGACCGUUUGCGAUUCUAGCAGUCCGGAUGCUGCGACGGGGCAUACUUUCAAACAAGAGCCGAUUGCAAUUGUCGGGAUGGCGCUUCGCUUGCCUGGUGGUGCAAGAAAUGCGAACGAGCUUUGGGAACUGCUUGAGCGAGGAAUUAAUACUAUUUCUGAGAUCCCUGCGGACCGUUUCCAAUUGGAGCGCUACACAUCUGCCGACGCUAAAAGCGGUCGGGGGAUGAAGGUCCACACCGGAAAUUUCAUAGAUCGUCCUGACGAGUUCGACUACAAAUUCUUCAAGGUAUCACCCAGAGAAGCAAAGAGCAUGGAUCCACAACAAAGAAUUCUCCUGCACACUGCUCAUGACGCCCUUGAAAACGCUGGUUACGUUCCAGAUGCUACCCCGUCUUUCCAGCGUGACACCUUUGGUUGUUUUAUCGGUACGGCUACCCACGAUUAUGCGGACAAUUUGCGGGAGGAUAUUGACGUGCAUUAUAGCACGGGGACCUUGAAAGCUUUUCUUAGUGGUCGUAUAUCGUAUGCGAUGCAGCUUGGCGGCCCUUCUAUGACUCUUGAUACUGCUUGUUCGUCGUCAAUCGUUGCACUUCAUCAAGCCUGUCGUGCACUUGUGAACGGGGACUGCAAUGCUGCAAUUGCAGGUGGAGUCAAUGUCAUGUCGAGUCCAGAUAUGUUCAUCGGCCUGGAUCAUGGGCAUUUCCUCAGCCCGACCGGUCAAUGCAAAUCAUUCGAUGCAUCAGCUGACGGCUACUCUCGAUCAGAGGGAUGCUCUCUCUUCGUGCUCAAACGUCUUUCAGACGCAGUUGCAGAGAACGACGAUAUUCUCGGUGUCAUCCGCGGUAUCGACAUCAACCAGAGUGGACUUGCGCAUUCCAUCACCCACCCGCACAUACCUUCGCAGGUUGCUCUCAUGAAUAGGCUCUUGAAAAACGCUGGUGUCGAUGCGUCGCGCGUCAGUGUCGUAGAAGCGCAUGGCACUGGUACUCAGGCUGGAGAUUUCUCCGAGCUCCAGAGUAUCCGUGCUGUCCUUUGCCGUGCUCGCGACGUCAGCAACCCCCUUCAUGUCACGUCGAUUAAAGCCAACAUCGGGCAUCUAGAAGCUGCUUCUGGCGCAGCCGGCCUUGCAAAACUUUUGCUCAUGUUCCAACACGACACGAUCCCUGCUCAAAUCUCCCUAAAGACACUGAACCCACGUAUCACGCCGCUAGCCCAGGACAACACCGUCAUCGACACGCUUCCUUCGCCGUGGGUGCGCGGCUCGUCCCCUCGCAUGGCGCUGCUCAACAACUUUGGAGCAUCAGGGUCAAAUGGGGCACUCAUUGUUGAGGAGUAUACAAGGCAAGCAAAAGCCCCAGCUAGUGGAGCGUCUUACGUCUUCGGGAUCUCUGCGAAAACUCGCGAGGUACUCGAAACUCUCCGUGUUAGCUACUUCAAAUGGCUCCACGACGGCAGGAACCGUUCGGUUCCCAUGAGCGACAUCGCGUAUACUGCCACGGCUAGGAGACAAUUGUACCCUUACAGAAUCUCGGUAGACGUAGUGAGCAAGGAGCAACUCGUCCAGGGUCUUGCAAGCGCAGAAAUGACUCAUUGCGAGGGAAAUUUUGGUCAGGUGGUUUUUGUCUUCUCUGGUCAGGGAAGCUAUUAUCGCGGCAUGGGGAAGCUUCUCUAUUCGAGCUCUCCGGUCUUUCAGCGCUGCAUUGACAGAUGUCACCGGUACCUCGUGUCAAAAGGAUUUGCGGAUAUUCUUCCCAGUAUCAUUGGAGGAGCCAUGGAUAGUGCGGAUGGGAUGGAAGAGUUCGAAGCGUCUCAAACUGCUACGUUUGCGCUGGAAGUGGCGCUAGCAACGUUAUGGAUCCACUGGGGUUUGACGCCUGCCGUAGUUGUGGGGCACAGUCUCGGUGAAUAUGCUGCUCUAGUUAUCGCUGAGGUGAUUUCGCUUGAGGCAGCCCUGUUCUUGGUUGCGUCACGCGCUCGCCUGACAUGGCGUAGUUGCGCCUCGGGUACGACAGGCAUGUUGGCUAUCAGACUCGGAGAACAACAGAUUAAACCCAUUCUAAAAAACACGUCAUACGCGGAUCUUUCCGUCGCUUGCGUCAACAGUGAUCGUGCCUGCGUCGUCUCUGGUCCGCUCUCUCAACUCGAGGUCCUGACUGGGGAGUUAGCGGCUACGGGAUCUAAAGCGCGUCUCCUUGACGUUCCCUAUGGAUAUCACAGUCAAGCGAUGGAUCCGGUUCUUGAUGAUCUUACACAGUUAGCGCGUACUGUGCCUUUGGGGUGUCCGAAAGUGGCGGUUGGGUCUACGGUGCUUGGCAGGCUUGUUCCUGUGGGGGACUCUGCGACUUUUGAUGCCACUUAUUUCGCUACGCAUUUCCGCCAGCCUGUCCUUUUUGCGCCAACCGUCGACGCGCUGUGCAAGCACCCGUCGCUGCCACAGAUAGAUGCGUGGAUCGAGAUGGGACCCCAAGCAUCGUGCUUGCUGAUGAUAAAGGCUUGUGCAUCUGCUCCGAGCGAAGCGGCGCUAUUGCCUUCGUUGAGCAAGAAUGACAAUGGUACGCUUGCUUCUAGCUUGUCGCAGCUGUAUAGGACCAGUGCGCCUUUGAACUGGCGGAAUGUGUUUGAGGAGGUUGCUCCGGGGACGUGUGCGGAUUUGCCGCCGUAUCCACUUGAGACGCAUAAGAUAUGGGUGCCGUAUAAGGAGCCUUUUCUUCCGUCUUUGGAGUCGUUGAAAAGCAAGGUGCCGGCAUUGGCGCCAGCAUCGCCACCAGCACGAAGGACAGCGCCAGCGCCAGCAAGAACCACGGCGCCACCGGCCCCAGCACGAGCCACAGCCCCACCGCAAAUCGUUACGCAAGCCAAUCUGAUAUCCGACUAUCCCUUUCUGCGGGCGUGGGUACAGUACCCAUCUCGCGAGAACGGCAAUGCGGCCAGUUUCGAUACUCCCAUCGAGGUUUUAGCUCCGUACAUCCAAGGACACAAAGUCGCAGAGCACUGCUUAUGCCCAGCAUCAAUCUAUCUUGAACAAGUUCUUUCAGGUGCAGAUCUUUCACGGCGCCAUCUGGGCUUCGAUUUCGGGAAGAGCAUGGCUGUCCUUCGAGGGGUCCAUUUUGCGAAACCACUUGUUUACCAUCCCCAAGUGAACCGUGUUGUCCGCACGCAUGUCACCAUCCACGAAGACGGCACUGGUUUCUUCACUAUAACAUCCAGACUGCAAUCUUCUCUUGAUGAAUCGGUUCACGUCCGCGGAGAAAUCCGUUUUCAAUCCAUCCGGGAGACUACUGCUAGUCUUGACAGUGAGUUCCGCCUCAUACCGAGGCUUAGCGCGGAGGAGAUUGGUUCGCGGAAGGAAGGCCAAGCGGAGAUAUUUUCCACUCGGACGUUAUAUGAAGUUGUCUUCCCUCGCGUUGUUGAAUAUUCUGCAAAGUAUCACACGAUCCAGACUCUGACUGCUAGUGCGGAUGGGAUGGAUGGUAUAGCGCAGGUCAAGCUUCCCUCAGACGGCCCACGACUCUCCUUCGCCGCUCAUCCCAUUUUCACCGAUACCCUCCUCCACACUGCUGGAUUCCUAGCAAACAUGCAAGGCGAUGUCAGCGAUGCUUAUAUCUGCAGCGAGAUCGAGUCGUUCAAGAUGCUCUCCGAGUAUAUCGAUCAAGACCAAUCAUACACAGUUCAUUGUCGCGGGUCGUGGAUGUCCUUUGACAACAUCGUCCUCACCGAGGCUUAUGCCGUCCAAGACCAAGAACCUCGCCGUGUUGUUGCGCUUAUGAAAGGCAUUCAAUUCAAGCGUGUACGCUUGAGCGGUCUUGCUCGGGGGUUGGCGACUGCAGCAGACUCUGCCUCUGCGCAGACGCGAACCCGGACCGAUUCAAACGCUAUCACUCCACAUGCGACCCCGCAGGGUAUCAUUUUCGGACGCUCGCGAUCUAGUACAGAAAGCACGGGUGGCGUGCAGAUAAGCAACUCUGGUAAUUCCAGCAGGCCGUCUUCACCGGAAACCCUGGUGUCUGAUGAUGACAGACGUAUCCGCAUCAGGGAUAUCAUUGCGCAGGUACUCGGCCUCGCGACUCUUGAUAUAGAAGAUCAUUCCGACUUCAAAUCGCUCGGCCUUGACUCCCUCAGUUCAUUAGAAGCUCUACACGCGCUGAAAACUGAGCUUGGUGUUGAUCUUCCUCAUGAUGCUUUCGAGACGUAUUCGACGAUCAUAUCGUUGAACGCUUUUCUCGAUAAAUCCUCAGGCUCUUCGCUCCAGAAGAUCGUGGAAAGGUCCCCUCAGAAAUCUUUGGAGAGAUCACAUGCGUCGCCAGCUAGGUCCGUUGCGUCGACAGUGACGGUGUCUGGUGAUGAUAGGCGCAUCCGCAUCAGAGGUAUCAUCGCGGAGGUUCUUGGCCUUUCGAUUUCUGAUGUUGAAGAUGACUCCGACUUCAAAUCACUCGGUCUUGAUUCCCUCAGUUCAUUGGAGGCUUUACACGCGCUGAAAACCGAGCUCGGUGUUGACCUUCCUCACGACGCAUUCGAAUCGCAUUCGACAAUCGCAUCAUUGAACGCGUCUCUCGAUAAAUCCUCUUCGCCCCAGAAGUCCGUGGAAAGAGCCCCACAGAAACCUGUAGAAAGAUCCCAUUCGUCGCCAGCUAAAUCUGUUGCGUUGACAGUGACGGUGUCUGAUGACGACAGACUCAUCCGCAUCAGAGGUAUCAUUGCGGAGGUACUUGGCCUUCCGAUUUCUGAUGUAGAAGAUGACGCCGACUUCAAAUCACUCGGCCUUGACUCCCUCAGCUCAUUAGAGGCUCUACACGCGUUCAAAACCGAGCUCAGUGUUGACCUCCCUCACGACGCAUUCGAAUCUUAUUCCACGAUCGCAUCAUUGAACGCUUCUCUCAAUAAAUCCUCUUCCCCCAAGAAGUCCUCGGGAAGAUCUGGUCCGUCGACAAAAACAUUACAACCUGCAUCGUUUGAUACCCGCAUGUCACGGCUCCAAUUCAGCAAGGACGACAUCGCUGUCCCGCUACUUCUUAUUCACGAUGGCAGCGGCUUGAUCAAUCAUUAUAAUCGUGUGAUGCCAUUACACCGUGACGUCUUCGCUCUCUCCAAUCCCUGUCUGAUUACCGGUGGAAAAUGGGAGAGUGUUGAGCAGAUGGCAGAGUCCUACGCCAACGUCGUUCUGGGUGCGAAAUCGGAUCAGAUUAUCAUUGGCGGGUGGUCAUUUGGUGGUGUUGUGGCCUUCGAAACUGCCAAGAGGCUCGUUCAGCAUGGCGUCCGUGUCCACGGCAUCGUUCUCAUCGACUCUCCUUGUCCUGGCAAACAUGUGCCCCUAUCAUCAUCGGUCAUAGACCACGUCACGAAGGCGCACUCGAAAGGAAUUGAUUCAGGAACUCUGAAUCUUGUCGCGGAACAAUUCAAGGAAAGCUCGCGACUCCUUUCUGUCUACAAUCCAUCCCGUGAAGGAAAGCUCGAGGUUCCGGUAGUUCUCCUUCGCUCGUCUGAGGGGUAUGCUCCUCCGGGUCUGACCGUUCCUGACUGGCUGCAGCAUCGUGGAAGCGAAGGUGCCGUCGUCAGUGAAUGGGAAGCUUUCACCCGGUCCCCUGUAAAAACUUGGUCGAUUCCAGGCGACCAUUUCGGACCAUUCAAUCCCGAAAAUAUUGAACAAACGUCUCAGCAGCUCAAGGAUGCGUGUCAUUAUGUGGAAAGGCUAUAAAGGAUACCCUGUACUUUUGAUUUCAAUGCUUGCUUCAUACCACAUUAUAUUUCGUUUGUUUAUAGAUUAUUUUCUCUCUCUCCGGAUCAACAUCCUCCUGCUUGCAUCUUACAAACGCGUUUCUCGUUCCUCGUGUUUCUGCAUUUCUGUAUCAAUAUAUUCAGUUGACUAUGUAACGUGACUGCGAUUUCUGUCUUCCG